AUGGCUUGUGAAGGCAACCGCCGAGAUCCAUUUGACUCGCGGAGACACGGAGCCUGCACUGCGGUCGUGAGCCUCUGCCGAGACUCCGGGGACGUUGAGGACCAGGUGGACGCCCUGAUCCGCAUCGCACGGCUCUGGGUCCUCCGGAGCGAGCCCGAGGAGGCCACGAAAGUAGCGAAGAGCGCCCUCGAGGCGGCGCAGGGGGCAAAGAAGGACCUGGCGGAGGCACAGGCACUUCUGGGCCUUGCCGGGGUCCUCAAGGCCAAGACGGAGCUCGCUGGAGCCCAGACGGAGGCAGGGAAGGCUGAGAAGCUUUUCAAGAAGUGUGGCCAUCGACCCGGAGAGCUGGCAGCGCUGAUGCUGAGCUGGUCCGCCACGGUGGAAGCAGGUCCUCAACAGGUGGCCCAGGUGGUCCAGGCAGCCAAGAAGGCGGCAGAGGCCUUCAAGUCUGCUGGCGACCAGCAGUGUGCCGCCGAGGCUUUGCUGGAAGCCAGCGCUGCCAGCAGGGAGCAUGGCCAAGUGGAGGAAUCUGCAAGCACGGCUGCUGCUGCCUUGCAGCUCUUUCGCCAGCCUAGUCCUCAGUUUUCCCAGAACGACCCAAGUCAGCUUUGGUGGUGGUGGUGCUGGUGGAGGGUACUUGGCAGUUGCUGA